AUGGCCGGCGGCGGCUCCAUAGGCACCAACGGGCAUGCGGACUCAAUUACUUCGCAUGAUGACGAUUCCAAGAAGCAAGAUAAGAAGAAGAGCAAGAGGCCAGCCAACACGGCCUUCAGGCAACAACGGUUGAAGGCAUGGCAGCCAAUUUUGACUCCAAAAACGGUUCUGCCGUUAUUCUUUGCCAUCGGCGUCAUUUUUGCCCCAAUAGGAGGUGGGCUUCUGUACGCCAGCACUACCGUGAAAAUGAUAUCACUGGACUACACCAACUGUGCGACUCAGGGGGGUGAUAACAAGUUCGAAAAUAUGCCUUCAAGCCUGGUAAAGACGCAAUUUUCGUCGGGAAAUCAAGUCAACCCUCCUCAGUGGAGCAGAUCAACGAAGAAGAUGAAGUUCAACACCAACACGGAUCCGAAUCAGAACGAAACCGAUGUGUCUGUCUGCACUCUCCAGUUUACACUCCCUGAGAAAAUGGACCCUCCGGUCCUGAUGUACUACACUCUCACCAACUUCUAUCAAAAUCACCGCCGCUACGUCAGCAGUUUCUACGACAAACAACUCAAGGGAGACAAAGUGGACGUCAACGCUGUCCGUUCCUCGCCAUGCACACCAUUGACGGUUGAUUCCAACGACAAGGCGUACUACCCCUGUGGACUGAUCGCGAACUCGAUGUUCAAUGACACCAUUUCCGAGCCGGUUCUGCUCAACUCGAACUCGGCUGAGGCGAAGAAUGGUUCGGAAGUCUACAAAAUGGCCAACAACUCAAACAUCGCUUGGCCCUCUGAUGCAGACUUGUAUGGAAGGUUCCCGUCCGAUAUGAACAUUGAUGAUGUCGUCCCUCCUCCAAACUGGAGGAAGCAGUAUGGCGACAAGUACACCAAGGAAACUGUGCCAGAUUUGAAAACAUGGCAAGCUUUUCAGGUAUGGAUGAGGACUGCAGGUUUGCCUAACUUUAGCAAGCUGUACCGCCGGAACGAUUCCGCACCAAUGCGAGAGGGAACCUAUCAGGUUGAGAUUGAGAGUCAUUGGCCUGCCGAUGCUUACCGCGGCACCAAAUCGCUUUUGAUCACGACGAGGACCGUUAUUGGCGGCAGGAAUCCGUUUUUGGGCAUUGCUUACAUCGUCGUCGGCGGCAUCUGCAUCAUACUUGGUGUCAUCUUUACUGCCACUCACUUGAUCAAACCGAGAAAAUUGGGCGACCACACCUAUCUUUCAUGGAACAACGCUCCGGCACCGAAGAGGGGUGCCGCCGGAGCGCCGCCCAGCACGGCACAGGCAUCAGGACGCGAUUACGGGGGAAGGGCCGAGGCAUAG